GAAUUUCAAGAUGUUAACAUCUAAGUCCUGAAUUAACCAGCAAGUUGGUCUCAUUUGAACCAGUACAAGGUGUUUUGUAAGGGGGAGACAAGGACAGACAAGGAACUUUUAAGCAGAGGGUUUAGGGUAGAAGAGCUGAAAAAACUUUUGGCUUUAGCUAGCUAGCUACAGUGACUUUUUUUUAAAAAAUGUAUCCACAUGAUAGGAAAGACAACUAAUGCCUAUGACAUUAAAAGUAUUCAUGUUACGCUAAAAUAUAUUUUAGUCAGAUGGUUAAACCAGAAAGAUUGCAAAAAAAAGUAAACUGUUUGUAUCCAUCAUUCCCGCUCAAGUUUUGUUAAUUAAUAUCCACUUUGCUUUUUGUAAACAAUAACAAUCUGCUAAUAUGGCAGCCUGGCAGCAACCAAGCUAUCCACAGUGGAGAGUUCAUGUUUUUUUCCUUAGCUAGCCAUAACGUUUAUCGACCUUAUUUCGUAGCUGUUAUGAAGUGAAAAGAACACGUUUGUCACUAGCAAUCUGUAGCUAUCUGCCUUGAGUAAAUUGCACCACAUAAAUUGUUGUUUGUAUAAUAAUGAUCUGGAGAAGAGUAAUAAGAAAUGGUUUACGAAGUGGACUUUGUUUAUCAUCGAGGUUAUGUUUUGCCAAUAUUAGCUUGCACUCAAGACAACAAGUUUUAACUUCCAAAAACGCAAUUUUGAAAAAGAGAUGUUGUUCAUCACGGUUUGCCUGGAAAACUUUCAGAACUUCGUUUUGUACUAGCAGUUCAAUGUCACUUAAUGAAUUCACAAAUAUUGUUGAUGACACAUUGGAAGAAUUAGCAGAUCACUUUGAUUGUUUGGCUGACGAAGGCUUCUUUUCAGACAGCUAUGACUGUCUGUUAGCUGAUGGUGUCAUGACUGCAAAACUUGGUGAAUAUGGAACAUAUGUGAUCAAUAAACAGACCCCUAACAGACAAAUAUGGUUAUCGUCUCCAGUAAGUGGUCCAAAAAGAUAUGAUUUUGUUGACAAAGGCUGGUAUUAUUCGCACGAACCUGGUAAAUCUUUACAUCAACUGUUAUCGGAUGAAUUAUCGGAUUUAACAAAACAAAAAACGGAUUUUACUCAUUUAGCCCACGAUAUUAAAAAGCAGAGUUAAAAUAAUAACUCGUAAUUUUAUAGUGGGAAAGACUGAAUCACGUGGUGGUCAAGUUAAUCACGUGAUCUAAUAAGCAGUUGACAAGCGGACGGAGAAGUUAGCCGUAAAGGAAUAUGAACCUUUUAACAUUUUAACUUUACGAGAUUAGAGAAUCAAUCUGUAUACCAACUGUAUCUUGAAUAAAAUAAAUUUAGGCUGGUUCUUGCAA